CUCGCCGCCGGCGGCUCCACUUUCGCGCAGCUUGUCUUGUCUUUCUCCUCCACCACGCUUCUCCUAGAAUCGGUUUGCAGGCGCGAACUUGCGAUCUGAAUAUGGGGUUUCCGAGAUUUGGUCCUGCAAAAGGAGUGGAGGCUCAAGAAGAGUGUCUUUCACACUUCGCAAGUUGCGUGGCUUUACAGGUGAGAACAAGCCCUUGUCAGUGUGAAUUCGCCCAGUACUGUGAUUCUCAAAGAUAGGAUUGGUUUAUGUCAAUUAAAAUGGCAACUGCAAAUCAACACUCAGGUCCCUUGUAUGCUGGCUGGGUGAGAGUUAAACCUUGCCAAUCUAAACUUCUCCAGUGAUGUUGUUUCAUAGAGAUAAGAGGACUUGGGACUGGCUCUAUUAGGACCCAAGCCGAGGCUGCCAUUACAAAUGAAAUUUUUGACAUUCAAAGGUAAUGACAAUCAGAACUUUUUAAGAGUUAUUCUAGGAGUUUAAUCCUCGGGAAAGAUAUGAACAAAAAAAAAAAGAACGGUCAACAAAAUUUCCGAAAAAACGAACAUAGCUUGCAUACUGGUGAGAAGACAGGAGAUGGAAAUUAGGGCUACCAAAAAUAGCUGUACCUAAAAACUUCCCAUUAUUAAGUCUUAGGAGCAACUGUCAAAAUCAUCUAAGCUUAACCAGAAUGAUGACAUAAGAAAGCACAAAUUAAAGGGGAAAAAAAGGGGGAUAAAAAUGAAGCUAGCAACACAGAGAAUGAUGCUAACUAGCUAACAAGCCUUGAUGAUAGGAGUGAUUAGGUGUUAAGAAACUGCAUAAACAGAUGUUUGGUAGUAUCAAAUGACACCGGGAGUUCCCCCAAACACUUCAGUAGGGUAAAUAAUACUUCAAAAAUGUCCCCAGUGAAGUGUUCAGGGGAACUCUAGGGGACACCUGAUUCAUCGACUAUUGCUCUCUGUGAGAGGCUUUCACUGGUCUUGGUCUGCAAAUGGUUACUUGCCCUCAUAUAUAUAGCGACUUGUUCCCGAACACUCCAAAAUACAAACAAAUCAAUGAAAAUGAGGCUUUUAAGGAGUGAACCUAGACACACUUCUGUGCUAGAGGGAAGGGAAGGGACGGGAUGGGAUAAUGGAAAAAUGAGUGGCCUUCUUCUAUUCCAUGCUACCUCAUUCCAUUUUCAUCUCUAUCCAGCAUUUCCUUUUCAGCUUUUGGCAAUUGUGCACGGGAAUCUUAAUCGGAUUGUGGUUUAUGGUGCUUCCUAUCGGAUGGAAGGCCUUUUUUUCUCUUUUUUGAGAAGAUAUCUGAUGUAAAUUCUAGUAACUAGUCUCUGAAAGUUGCUUAAGGAGGCAAGCAUUAGGGUUGCCUGCCUUCUUUUUCUUCUCCUCCUGUUUACCAUACCCUUACAAAUUUAACAAGAAUCUGCUUUAUUAAUAGAAGUUACUUACUAAU